AUGCCACUCAGAAAACACCGAUACGAGAGGCCUGAUCCAGCGGAAGAUGGCAUCCAUCGGCUUAGUCGCUUGCAGACUUUCUCCUUCGAGACUCGUACCAAUAGCACACCUAUCAUCAAACUCGACAGUGUACUACGGUUCAACCAUGGCAACAAUACCACAGAGUCAUUAGACUCGCUCUUGGAGCGGCCUUCUGAAGAAGAAGAAGAAGAAGAAGAAGCCGGAGAAGGCAAUAAUAGAAGCUUAAAGCAAGAUCCCAAUUUGGUAACCUGGGAUAGCCCAUACGAUAUCGAGAAUCCUCUUAAUUGGUCCGCUGGUAGGAAAUGGACAGCGACCAUUCUCGUCUCCUGCUUCACCUUCAUCUCGCCAUUCUCGUCCACCAUGGUCACGCCUGCCCUCGAAGACAUCGGUGAUCAAUAUGACAUACCUGAAGGUUUUGCCAGGGCCUUGGUGCUUUCAAUCUUCCUCCUUGGCUUUGCACAGGGACCGUUCGUUCUUGCUCCAUUGUCGGAAUUGUUCGGCCGUGUCAAGGUUCUACAAUGGGCCAACCUGAUUUACUUGAUCUUCAAUACCGUCUGCCCUUUUGCCAAGACAAAAGAACAACUGUACCUCUUCCGGUUCCUCAGCGGCAUAGGAGGAAGUGCACCUCAAGCUCUGUGCAAUGGCGUGCUGGCUGACUGCUGGCGCAAAGAAGAACGAGGCAAAGGCCAAGCCAUCUACGGAAUGCUCACCUUCAUCAGUCCCACAGUGGCACCAAUCAUGGGCGCCUACGUGGUCGACAAGAUUUACUGGGGUUGGAUCUUUUGGAUCACAUCAAUAUUCGAUCUUCUAGUUCAAACAGCAGCAUACUUCUUUCUCCGCGAGACAUAUGCCCCGAAGAUUCUAGGUGAUAAGGCAAAGAAGAUGCGCAAGGUCACAGGAAAUCCUGACCUAAGGACGGAGUAUGACAAUCCCGAUCGAAGCUACGCCAGUAUUGUCAGAAGACGCCUUGUCCUACCCUUCAUCAUGUUGUUUGCCCACCCCGCCAUCCAGUUUCCAAGUCUGUACCGGGCCUUUCUCUAUGGCAUCAUGUAUUUGGUUCUUUCCACUUAUGAACAAGUAUGGGACGGCAUCUACGACAUGGACAAGGGCCAGGCAAGUUUGAACUAUUUGUCUCUAGGCGCAGGCUUCAUCGUCGGACUUCAAAUAAGCCAUCCUGUGAUGGACAAAUUAUAUGCUUACUACCAACGUCGAUACAAUACAACGGAUGGGCUACCAGAAUGGCGCAUCCCACCAAUGAUCAUAGGCGGCAUCCUCCCGCCCGCGGGUCUUUUCCUCUACGGGUGGUCCGCUCAGAACCAACUUCACUGGAUGGUUCCAAAUACGGGCUGCUUCCUCCUCGCCGUAGGUCUGAUCAUCGCCUUCCAAUCCGCACAGGCAUAUGUCACCGAUGCAUACGACCAUCGCUAUGCCGCCUCGGCGGCUGCCGUGGGAGCUUUCAUGCGCACGAUGGCUGGAUUUGGCUUCCCUUUGUUUGCACCACGAAUGUAUGAUGUUAUGGGUCUGGGCUGGGGGAAUACGUUUUUAGGACUCAUGACAGUAUUCAUCGGCAUUGGGUCCCCAGUUGUAUUGUGGUUCUACGGGGAGCGGCUGCGAAAAUGGAGCACAAAGGGUCUGUAA